GCAUCUCAUUAUCCCGCCCUCCGUGAAUACUCAGUGAGGCUCCCCCUUCAGGGGACAGGCCCGAGGCGCGUCGCCAUAGCAACAGGCGGGAUCCCCAGGGCGCAGCGCUCAUGCGCACACAGCCAGGUCCAUAGGAGGCCCGCUUUCUACACUGCGCAUGCGCCUCUCAGUGCGCCGGGAAGCUUGCGGAGGCAGGCCGGAGCGCAUGCGCAGAAAGUGACCGUAGCCAAGGCUCGAUAACGGGCGCGUAAGCUCACAGCGCAUGCGGAAUGGAAGUAAGCACACCCCCCCCCACCCCCUCCUUUGGGGGAAAGGAGGGAGGGGCGAGAAUUGCGCGCUAGCACGCAGGCGCUGCAUCCAGAUAACGUUUCCUGCUCCCCUUUCAGACCCUGCCAACACGCAUGCGCAGUCGACUCUCGGGUCCUGGCGGGGUCCCCCGCCGCGCACGCGCCCCCUGGCCGGCGCCCCUGAUUGGCCGGCGGGCGGGCCACGCGCCAAAUACAAAGAGGCGCGAGGCAGCGCGGGCGGCUGGGCGAGAGCUAGGCUGCGGCCGCUGGGGUUGAGCGUAGCGCGGCCAGGGACGACGAGGAGCGACCCUGGCAGCCGGACGCCUGCGGGCGGUCGGGCGCGGGCGGUCGGGCUGAGGGGCCCGCGGGAGCCCGCAGGGAGCAGGUGGGCCCGCGCCAGGGCGAGAACGUUCCUAUGCGACUCCUCUCCACAGCCGGCGUCUCGCCGCUCUUCCCACCAUGCGUUGCGGCGGCCCGACUAGUGCGCAGGCGCGGGCCCGCCCCUGGGCGCGGGAGGGGGGGGGAAGGAGGCCCGGCGCCAUUUUCGUGGCUCGGCGCAUCGCAGCGCCGCCCUUGCCGCGCACAGCCACCGCCCCUGCAAGGCGGGCCCGGCCUGUACCAAGUCCCGCGGGUGGGGCCGGGCGGGUGGUAGCGCCCAGCCCUGGCGGCCGGGGCGGCAGUGGGCCGGAGCGCCUCGGCGGCCAUUUUGUGAGGGAGGGUGGGGGGGCCGCGACCGUUAGGAGCGGGCGGGGCCGGCGGCCAAUGAGUGCGCGGCCCACGUGGGGGGGAGGUGCCGGCCAAUGAGGGCGCCGCACCACCCGGCGGCCUCUCUCCCCCCGGGCGCGGUGCCGUGCCAGCCAAUCAGCGCCGGCGCCGCGACCGCCCUCGCGCCGCCACCCGCCUGCUCCCGCCCGCCCGCUCCGCGCGCUCCCUCCGCCUCCCCCCGCCCGCGCCGCGCGCUCCCCGCCCCGCCCGCCGCCCGCGGGCCCGGCCGGGCCCCCCCCCCACCGACAUGGACCCCGGCAACUGGAGCAGCUUCAUCUUCCAGAGCCACGCGCAGAACCCGCUGCCCGUGGGCGCCGACCUGCAGUCCCGCUUCUUCGCCGCGCCCGGCUGCGCGCAGAGCCCCUUCCAGGCGGCGGCCGCAGCGCCACCCCCGCCCCCACCCUCGGGGCCACCUGAGGGGCUGCAGGUUGACCUGCUGCCGGUGCUGGCGGCCGCCCAGGAGUCAGCCGCCGCCGCUGCUGCCGUAGCUGCCGCCGCUGCCGCCGCCGCAGCCCAGACCCCCGCCCCGGCCCCCACCGCCGCCUCCACCGUCGACACCGCCGCCCUCAAGGCCCCGCCCCCAGCCCCACCCGCCCCGGAGCCGCCCGCCCCGCCUGCCACCGCCCCCAGCCAGGCCCCCCCCUCAGCCGCAUCCGCGGCGGCCAUCGCCCAGGCGCCGCCCGUGCCAGCCCCCGCCCCGGCCCCAUCCGCCGAGGCGCAGAAGAAGUCGAAGAGCAAGGGCCCCUACAUCUGCUCGCUCUGCGCCAAGGAGUUCAAGAACGGCUACAACCUGCGGCGACACGAGGCCAUCCACACAGGCGCCAAGGCGGCCCGGCCUGCGCCCGGCGCCAUGAAGAUGCCCACCAUGGUGCCACUGAGCUUGCUGAGCGUGUCAGCACUGGGCGGGGAGGCGGGGCCGGCGGCGGGUGCAGGCGGCACAGGCGGGGGCCUGGUGACCACCACAGCCUCGGGCAAGCGCAUCCGCAAGAACCACGCCUGCGAGAUGUGUGGCAAGGCCUUCCGUGACGUCUAUCACCUCAACCGGCACAAGCUGUCGCACUCGGACGAGAAGCCCUACCAGUGCCCCGUCUGCCAGCAGCGCUUCAAGCGCAAGGACCGCAUGAGCUACCACGUGCGCUCGCACGACGGGGCCGUGCACAAGCCCUACAUCUGCAGCCACUGCGGCAAGAGCUUCUCCCGGCCAGACCACCUGAACAGCCACGUGCGCCAGGUGCACUCCACAGAGCGGCCGUUCAAGUGUGAGACGUGCGAGGCGGCCUUCGCCACCAAGGACCGGCUGCGGGCCCACACGGUGCGGCACGAGGAGAAGGUGCCGUGUCACGUGUGUGGCAAGAUGCUGAGCGCCGCCUACAUCACCGACCACAUGAAGGUGCACAGCCAGGGCCCCCACCACGUCUGCGAGCUCUGCAAUAAAGGCUUCACCACGGCGGCCUACCUGCGGGUGCACGCGGUCAAGGACCACGGACUGGCGGCCCCGCGGCCCGAGCGCUUCCUGUGCAAGCUCUGCGGCGUGCACUGUACCGGUGAGCCCUGCCCGCUGGCAGCCGCAGCGGCUGCGCCCCCAGUGUCGGCGGUGACGGUGCUGCCCAUGGAGGGGGCCCCAGUGGUCAGCCAGGCCCUCCCCACCCAGCCCUGGUGACCCUGCAGCACCCCUGCCCCUGGACCAACCCCCUCCCCCGCGGUCAGACACCGAUGGACCGGCCUGGACCCGCCGCUGGAUGACCGGACCCGUCGCAACCCAGCACUGCCCCCCCCGCCCCCCCCAUGGUGACCCGCCCGCGGCCCCCUUCAUGAACUGGACUGGACACGGCCCGGCUGCAGCGCCCCUGCAGAGUGCACCCCUGCCCCCAGCCCCGGCCCUCGUGAACCAGCCCGCGCCCCCUGCCCCUCCCCCGCGGCCUGGCCUGGCCUGGCUCGGUCUGGGCUGGACGUUACCGGUUGUGGGGCUGGGCUGCCUCUGCCGGACCCGGGGUCAGCACCCCCUCGGGUUGGAUCCCCCUCGUGUUUGUCCCCCGCAUGCCCGUGGCGCGGCCCCUUUUGUAUCGUGUCGGCGGCGCCGCAGCCGCCCUAAUAAACAGGAUUGGUACA